AUGGUAAAACAAGAACGUGCAUGGUGGACCCCGCCACUCUGUGGACUAGUUUAAAUUGAGGCACACAUUUAAGACAUUUUAACUUAUUUGUAGCUCGUUAGUGGAAGUGCGGUUAACUGCCUGGCAGCCCUGAGGCAAGUCAGUCACAUUGUCUGAUGGAAACAGAGAAGAGGAAAGAGGGGAAGCCUCCUCUUCGCUCAGCCAGAGGCGCAAUGCACUGGGGCAACGGCGUUUACGCUUCGAUGUGAUGGUGAGAUGUAGUUUGUAGUCGUGCGGUGGACAAUGUAGUAGAGUUUGCGCUUGCAUGUAGUGUCAAACUGAGUCCGAUAUGUCUAAUGUGACGCCGAGUAAAAGCGUAGAAUGGCUGCAACUCGAGUUAGAGUCCGGAGGCACUUCUCUGCUCCUGCUGGACUGCCGUUCACAUGAGCUUUAUGAAUCAUCCCACAUAGAGACGGCCAUAAACCUGGCCAUACCGGGACUGAUGCUCCGGAGGUUCAAGAAGGGAAACAUACCCAUCCGGACUAUCAUCUCCAACCAGGAGGACAAAGAGAAGUUCAUACGGCGAUGCAAGACGGACACGGUGGUCCUGUAUGAUGAGUGCACCGUGGACUGGCAGGAGAGCGGAGCCCCCGCUUCGGUUCUGGGACUACUUCUUCAAAAACUGUGGGAAGACGGCUGCAAGGCGUUUUACCUGGAAGGGGGCUUUGUAAAGUUCCACACAGAAUACCCAGAGCACUGUGAGACUCUCCUGGACAGCUCCUGUCCCAGCUCCUCCCCACCUCUGUCCGUCCUGGGCUUUGGAAACCUCCGCAUCAGUUCAGAUUGCUCCGAUGGGGAAUCGGACCGGGAGCCGAGCAGUGCCACCGAGUCUGAGGAGAGCCCCAUUCCCAGCAACCAACCUGCCUUCCCCGUCCAGAUACUCCCCUACCUUUACCUGGGCUGUGCCAAAGACUCCACUAACCUAGACGUCCUGGGCCAGUACAACAUCAAGUACAUCCUAAACGUCACACCCAACCUCCCCAACAUGUUUGAACACGAUGGCCACUUCAGGUACAAACAGAUCCCCAUCUCGGACCACUGGAGUCAGAACCUGUCCCAGUUCUUCCCAGAGGCCAUAUCAUUUAUUGAUGAGGCUCGGUCUAAGCAGUGUGGUAUCCUGGUGCACUGCCUGGCUGGUAUCAGUCGCUCAGUCACCGUCACCGUGGCCUACCUGAUGCAGAGGCUCAACCUCUCUCUGAAUGACGCUUACGACUUUGUCAAGAGGAAGAAGUCCAACAUUUCCCCAAACUUCAACUUCAUGGGCCAGCUCCUGGACUUUGAGAGGACACUGGGGUUGCACAGUCCCUGUGACAACCGCUCCACCAGCGAGGAGCAGCUCUUCUUCACCACGCCAACCAAUCACAACGUCUUCCAGUUGGACACGCUGGAGUCGACAUGAGGAUCAAACGGACAGCUGUCUCUGUUUCCCUUUGUAUCUCUGAGGCAUCCCGAGCCCGUCAGAUGCCUAGCUAGCUGACUCAGCCACUGAGUCAGUUACAGUAUUUCUGCACCUAGCAGCACUGUAUUGAUCUCUUUUUGUGGAAUGCAGCCCUUACGCAUAGAACAUGCUCCAUUAGGUCCAACUUCCGAUGCCUUAAAGUCUAACACAGUGAUGACUUCUCUUAUCCACCAUACAUGGCAUUAAUGAAUGAUUGUGUGCAGCUGUAGUCGCAGGACAUUUCAUGACUUCUCUAUUAACUCCAGGAUUGUGGUUUGACUGUUAUUUGUUAUUCACCAGCUGUAAAGUGGAUGUCUAAGUAUUUCUUUGUAUCAGUUAUGGUAAUUGCCUUGACUGUCUGAAAGGACACUUUGGCCAAUCAGAAUGUUUUCUGGGCACCAAUCUGAUCUUUUGAUGGUACUGUAGCUGAGGGAUAUAAGCUACUGCAGUGAGCUAGCCUUGAAUUACUGUCCAGUUUUCCUUUUGAUUACUGUUCUCAGCUUUUUAUAAUUUGCAGUUCUCUUUCAGCAGGAUGGAGUGACAACGGAAGACAUUCAGUCUUCUGCUUUUACUCAAAACACCUUCAUUUACAUCUUUUAAUGGCAAGCACCAUGUUCACCAGACAGAAAUUUUUAAACAUUGCGGUUAAUUACAAAAUAUCAAAGGUGAAACUUAAGGUUCGGUAAAGCUCUUGUACAUUCUGUUGAUCAUAACUGCAUUAUUUGCAUGUGAUUAUGCUCUACCAAGAACAUUGUUUUGUAAUCUUGAACUCAUAUUGCCUGUUUUUCCUGCGGCCUUUACCACAUGUUAACAAGAAAGUGUAUGUCAUUUACGAGGUCUAGGAUACAGUGUAUAGGAUUGGCUUUUGCCAUGCUUCAACUGAAUGAAUUUUGUAAGUAAUCUGUGUAUAAAGGAAAAGACAUUCACCUUAUUUUUACUCUUACAGUCUUCAGUCUGCAGCUACUCCUACUGUGGCAUAAUGAUGUUAAGGGAAACAUGAUGUAUAAUUAGCUGUUCUCUGUUGCCAGUCUCGUCUCAGAACAAACGGGCCUCUGAGUGAGUUUGAUGUAUGAGAGGGAAUGAAAGGAAAUGAGUUUGACUAAUGUGUUUUUACCUCAUAGAGAGACACUUUCAGGGAUUUUUAUACAAGGCAUCUGUAUCUUGUCAUAGCCUCUUACAUGCAUCCAAGGGCUGUUUUGUUGGUAUGUUUGUAAAGAUGUACAUAAAAUCCGGUUGUUACUGGGGACAUUUUCUCAAAAUCAAGAAGGAAAUGAAAGUGACCCUGUUACCUUAUGUACAGUAUAUGUAAAACUAAAUG